AUGAAGCGCCCAAGCGCCGUAGACGUCGUCGCCGACCUGCGCCAGACGGAGCACGCAGGCACACGCACCGCCGCCAUCGCAACCCUCGGCAAAGCCCUCCGCCGCUCCGACAGCUUCCUCCCGCUAUGGACCGCCGUCGGCGGCGCAGACGGCCUCGCGGCGCUGAUGGCCGAGUUCAGCGUCAAGGACGUGCAGGUCCUCUGCCGCUGGCUGGGCCGCACCGCGUCCGCGGAAAACUUCCGCGCGGAGCGGCGCGCGGGCAUGGGACAGCUCGUGAGGCUGCUCUACGACGCGGAGAGGGAGGAUAAGCGGCCGCUGAGGGUGUACUACCAGGACCUGAUCCCGGCGUGCGAGCUGGAGGUUGUGGAGGAGUGGGAGGCAGACGGGGCGGAGUGGACGGCGUUUCAGCAGAAGGCGCUCUCGAGGGGCCAUAGGGAGAGGUAUGAGGAGAACUUCCUUGCGCGCGUGUUUGAGGUGGAUGAGGGGCAGAGGACGCUCUCGGCGGACCGGACAGUGUUCAAGGGGAAUAUGAAGCUUCACGAGCAGGUGUUUGAGAAGAUUGUCGACCGGGAGGGGGAGGCUCAGAUCCCGAGUGACUUUUACCAGGAAUUCGCAUUGCCUUUGCUCAGGCGUCUGGUGAAAAAGAGGGCGGACGAGGCGACGAGGGACAAGUUCUUGGAUUAUGUGGUCAGCGUGGCGCGCAAGUAUCCAGAUGAGCUCGGCCGGUACCCGAACGUGGUAGAGAGCAGUUUGCUGCAGUACGCCAUUCGCGAAUGGAAGACCGCGAAGGAGGAGCGGAAGGAGGUGAUGAAAGCACAUGUAGUGCACUUGCUGGAGCUGUAUCCGGCUGGGAAGAAGGCCUGGGAGAAGCAGGCUACUCUGUGGACUGUGGAGCGCAUCAUCAACGCGCCGAGGAGAAUGACCCCUGAGGCGCGCUUCGAGCUUCUCCGGCUGGCUAUGCGACACCUCCACGGAUACGGCAUCGACAUUGACGAUGACUCGGAGUCUGGAAUCGCUCGGCUGAAGAACCUGCCGGUUGAGGGUGACCUCUGGCCUGUGAACGUAUUCUACUCGAUCGAUGUCGAGAAUGCCAGGGCACUGUUCGAAAGGCUGGCAAAGGCAUACCCAGGCGGCGACUUCUUCGCAACUGGUGCAUACCGCGGCAACGCGUCGGUCUUGAGGCAGGGGAGAGAUCCGGACAAUCUCCGCUGCGGCGACUUCGAGAUCCUCCGGUCCCUGCUGAUUCGCAAGUCCAAGGCUGGGGGUGAGGACAAGACCUGGCUCGAUCGCGAGCGACGAAUUGUCGAGGACAGGAAGAAGGCGGCGCAGCAGUCGCGCGAGCCUAUACACCGCGCCUUCUGGACCAAGUCGGCGAUGAACCUCUGCGUCGCGGCCGGGGACCUGGAGAUGCUCGCGGACACGGUGCUCUGGGCACGACGGUUCAACAAGGAUUCACUUACGGUAUAUCAUCUUUACAGCAGCGACGUGUGGGAGACGGUGGAGGUAGUCGCGCUUCUGGGUGGCAUCCCGGAGAAGGAAACCCCGGCGGCUGAGAGGGCGACACUCGCGUCUAUCAAGAAGGACGUCGACAUCGCAAACAGGAUCCUGGUUGAUCUCACCCAGACAGCGAUCAUGGUUGUGCAGGAACCGGGCUUCGACCGCUCCAGAUGGCUCAGCGUACUCCGCCUGCCAAAGGCCGUGGCCGAUUCCCGUUUACACAAAGACAACGUCGAAUCCUUCGAGAGCAUCGCCAAGGCCGGCGGCUCGGAAGACCACGCGCGAGAGAUUACAGAUAUCCUAUGGAAACCAACGAUGGACGUGCUGCUCGAGGUGGAGGCGCUCCUCUACAGCACAACCUCAACGACCCUCCUCAACUCGUCCAACAGCGUCGAGGUCCAGGCCGUCUACAUCCUGAACGGCAUCCGCGACGCCACCCCGAAACUCCUGGCUGAGCUGGCCAAGUGGCUCAUGGACAACAUGCGAGAGCGCCUUGGCGCGAAGAGACUCAACGCCCAGAUGUGGAAUAUCGUCACCAUCGUCCUCCGCGUGGCAAACAGCGACCAGCCCGCGCUUGCGUGCCCCUUCAUCCGAAACCUCAUCAUGGACGGCGGCGAGAACAGCUCCUGGCAUCGCCAACUCAUCAACGUGAGCUUCCUCCGCUCGCUGCCGGCCAAGGCCGCCAAAGAGUUCCUCUUCACCAUGGCGAAUGCGAUGCGGGACAAGAUGCGCGAGCAGAACGCGCGACCGUUCGUCAAAGAGGGCAGUAAGGCGCAGGCGCAGCACAAACCGGCGAUCAAGGUCACGACCAUCAAGAUGAUGGCGCAAGUGCUGAAUAACAACCGCUUCAUCGACGCGGUCUCGUCCUGCGACAUCCUCACGUCGCUGCUUUCCGAGGCGAGACACAUUGAUGCCAGAAUCACGAUCGUGGACAGCUUGAUCAGCACGAUGGAGGUCCCUUCCUGCCCUCCUGAAUUACGGCAGCGUGUGCUCGACGCGCUGGAGAAGUACAUCGUCCCUGCAGCGGCGCAGCUGAGCGAGCGCAGGCCGUACUCGGAGGAGGAGUGGGCGGCUGGUCUUCCUGAGGCCGGAGAGGAGACGCCCCUGACGGAGAUACUUCUUGCUCAGACGAAGAACACGAAGUUGAGCGACGAGGACAGGGCGAGGAUUGCGGAAUUGGUCGUGGCUGCGCUGGAGGGAUCUGCUGCCACGAACGCGAGGUGGAUGGACCUCUUUCUUACCAAGAACGGCUUUUCACUCGACGAUGGGGAGACGCUUCCGCGCUGCCCUGUCAAUCCGAAGGUGCUUUCGUCCAUGCUCAAGAACUGCACAUCAUACAUGCCCGUCUCGCUGCUCACGAUGCUGCGGGAGAUGGCUUUGGUCAACAUCGAUCCCUCGCCAGGCAUCACACGGGUCACAGAGGCAGUCAAGAAAGACCGCGACCUGCUCAACAGCAACGCAGGCAAGCACUGGUUCAAGCACUUUAAUAAUCCCGGGUUCCAUGCCUCUUCUCUCGGGCUCGAUGUUGCCGCGGCGGUCUUACAGCGUCCCGCCGUGUGGAUGAAGUCCAAGCUGGAGAACGGCAAGGGGGUGGACUUCAAAGCGGUGCAGGACUUUGUGCUUGCGGCCGCGAACAAGUUCCUCCAGAAAGAGCGCGUCGAAUUGGUGGAUGCGCUAGCCAGUCGGCUGUGUUCGGAGCGGAUGUUGAGCCCACAGCACUGGGAGAGCUGGCGCGAAAACUGCGUCCCCGUGGUGAACGACAUCAUCGCAAGCAUCAACGACAUGCGGCUAAGCCCGGGGCGCGCUCCCACGUUGCCCAACGUAUUCCGGCUCAAGGUCGAGAUCCUGCCGCUACCCUUCUCCUCAGCCCGGCAUGCUGCCACGUUCGACGACUCCGUGGCCUAUGUCAUCGCACUUUCAGAUCUCAUCGAGGAGCUCGGCAGCCGGCGGGGGCCGUACCACGAAGACUUUGCGUAUCUCAAGAGCGACAUGGUGAGGGCGCGGAGCAAAACGGGCUUUGCGCUGUUCGCGGUGGAGCUGGCGCGGAUGCACGCCGCGUGGGCCUCGUGGGAGCCGACGUUGGCGGAGUACUUGCGGAUGGAGGUCGUCGGGGAGCUGUUGCUUGCCGCGGAGGACCCGAAGGUUAAAAUUCUUGCGGGCGAUGUGUUGGAGAUGAUGGGCGAUUGGACGGGUGCGAAUGAGGAUGAGAUGAGGGCGCUGGGUGUGGUUUAUGAGGGGAAGCUGAAGGCGCUGGGGAAGAAGGGGUGGAUUCCGUGGGACGAGCAAAAGUAA